AUGCAACAAAACCACCAUCCCUAUGGGCAACAUCCCAUGCCCAUGCAGCCUCCUCAGAGGCGUCAUGAUGUCCCCUACGCGAAUAUGCCGCCUCCCAUGAGGCCUCAUCCGCAAUAUCAACCAUACUAUCAACAGCAUAUGGCCCCAAUGAUGCCCCAAUACCCUCAACACUAUCCGCCGAACUGGUAUGGAUAUCAACAACCCCACAUGCAUCCUAUGCAUGGCAGACCGCCAUAUUAUGCUCAGCUCCCUGUCCCGCCGCCUCAGUAUCCUCCUGCGGCUCCUCCUCCCCAUCACGGGCCUCUGGUUGUAUCCUCCCAGCCGCACGUGCAACCUACGCCUCGACUCCCUCAAGGAGUAGCAUCUAUGCAGCCACCUCCAACCUCGACCGCUCCUUCGAUUGCCUCGAACCCGGUUCAAACACCGCCUUCUCCUCCGCUCAGCACCUCAAGCACGGUGAAUACAAGAAAAGAUAACAUCUCUCCGGCGAUUUCUCCUGCACCUCAACGGGUCCAAACCCCGUCUGCUGAUACUCCCAGAGAACCCUUUUACCCUCCAGUCCCUUGGUUGUCUGUCGAGGGCGAAGCCUUCCCCCCGCGUGCUCCUCGACAGAGACGGCGGAUUCCUCGUUCCCGGCUCGCCAAGGAACCGGUGGUCUAUCCCGUGGUAGAACCAACCGCCCAAGAACCAAGUGCUCCCGCAGCCACUGAAGAAGAGCCGGCACAAGAGCAAUUGAAAGCACUGCCACAAGAGGAGGAUGAGCCCACAGAUACCUCCGCCGAACAGCCUGUCACACAAGCAUCAACACCCUUGCCAUCGGAUGCCCCCUCGGAUGCCGCUUCUACCCAACCAACGACCCCUUCUUCUGCCGUUCCUGCUCCCCUGUCAAAAUCUCAGCAAACUCCGACUCAACCAAAAGUUAGACCCAUUGGUCCUGUCCUGCCAGCCGUCCCAGUCCUGCCAUCUAGCCCUUCCGCAACGCGCUCAAGCCACCGUGAUUCAAUCGUCUCAGCACAAUCAAAGUCAUCCGAAUCAGCACAACCAUCUCUAGAGAUAAAGGAGCCGGAAAACAUUUCAUCAGAGGCGUCGGAAACGAAGGCAAUUUCUGAAGCUGCCGCUCCUACUGUUUCCCCGCCGGCUCCGCCAAAAUCUUGGGCAAAUCUUUUCAAGUCAAAUGAAGUGCGGAGUGGCCUGUCCACGGCCCUGCCUUCCAAGGCGGCCUCAACCGUAUCUGGAACCGGGAAGAGUGAGACCCUGUCUGAUGUGCUUAACGACAUGAACGCGAUCGUUGAGGCACCACAUAAAAUCUCUUUCCUAAAACCGCGUGGGCUUGUCAAUACAGGCAACAUGUGCUACAUGAACUCUGUGUUGCAAGUCCUUGUUUUCUGCUUGCCGUUCUACGAUUUUCUAGCAAAAUUGGCUGACCGAGCUCCACACACAUUCAAGAGCGACACUCCCUUGAUUGAUGCAGUCAUAAUGUUUGUACGAGAAUACCCCAUCAUCUGCUCUGCAAAUUCCGUGGAUCAGCUCCGCCUGCGCUUAAAGCCAGAUGAUUAUGAGAACUAUGGCGACUCUUUCAUUCCCGAGUACGUUUAUGCCGCAAUCAAGGAUCUGCCUCGGUUUCGAGAAAUGAGGAGGGGCCAUCAGCAGGACGCUCAAGAAUUCCUCGGAUUUCUACUGGAAGAGCUGCAUGAAGAAUGUGCUCGCGCCAUGAAAUCUACUACGGCUUCGAGUUCCGGCCGAACGACGCCUGUUGGCAGUGUUUCCAACGCCUCGGAGCACGCUGAUACUGAGAAUGGCUGGACGGAAGUGGGCCACAAGCAAAAGCCUGCUGUCACCCGAUCUUCAGGAAUGAUUGCCGCAGAAUCUCCUGUAACCAACAUCUUUGGUGGGAAACUUCGGUCCGAGCUGAAGGUUUCCGGAAACAAGUUGUCCAUCACUCUGGAGCCAUACUCACCGUUGCAGCUUGACAUCGGCUCUCCUCAGGUCAACAACAUCAUUGACGCCUUAAAAGGACUUACCAGACCGGAGAGUAUGCAAGGUGAUUUUUACACCCCAAGAGGAGUGAAAGCCACUGCAACAAAACAAGUCUUUAUUGAGACUCUACCUCCAGUCCUGAUCCUCCACCUCAAACGGUUCCAUUAUGAUAACACCACGAAACGUGCGGAGAAGAUCUGGAAACGAGUUGGCUACCCGCUGGAACUCGAAAUUCCCAAGGAGGUAUUCCCUCUGCAGGUGCGGAACAAAUACACGGCUCACGGUGGCCUACCCAAAUACCGCCUCACAGGUGUCAUCUACCAUCAUGGCAAGAACGCCAACGGCGGUCACUACACUGUUGACAUUCGCCGCCAAGAUGGCCGUGAAUGGAUCCGCAUGGACGACACAAUACUGCGUCGCAUCAGGGCCGAAGAAGUUGCGGAGGGUGGCGCUGAGGAAGAUCCCAAGGUCCUUGCAGCAGCCCUGGAGCAACACAAAGCGAGCGGCAACCGAUUCGAGCAAUUUGAUCAAGAAGCCGAUGAGGAUGAUACCUCCGACAAAACAUGGAACCAAGUCAACGGGCAUUCGAGAUCAAAAUCGACGAUGAGCGCCGUGGUAAAUGGAACUUCCACACCAAAAGAUUCAUCCGGGAAACAGACGCCAAAUCCCAAGUACGCCAUCAAGGACAACAAAGUUGCCUAUCUCCUCUUCUACCAACGGAUCUCCAAUUAA